AUGGCGGCGGCGAAGGACGCGGCGGUGGCGCUGAGCAGCGGGCACCGGAUGCCGGCGGUGGGGCUGGGUGUGUGGCGGAUGGACAAGCCGGACGUCCGCGGCCUCAUCCACGCCGCGCUCCGCCUCGGCUACCGCCACCUGGACUGCGCCGAUGAGCAAGAUUUAUUUGCCAAUCUUGGUCUGCUGUGCUGUACCGAUCCAAUUGUUGGAUGUUUCUUUCGAUGCCUCGUAUCUGGUACUAUCAAUGCCAAUGGCGCAGGCAUGCUUGGAAUGCGCUCUGCUGUGGAUUAUGUCUGGGGUGCUCUUUUCCUGGCAAAUACUUGUCUGGGGCUGCCAAUGAUCCAGCUGACUACCAAAAUGAAGCUGAAGUCAGGUGAUGCACUGGCAGAGGCGUUUCAGACCGGACUUGUCAAGAGGGAGGAUCUGUUCGUCACAACCAAGCUGUGGAACUCAGAUCAUGGCCAUGUGCUUGAAGCCUGCAAGGAUAGUUUGAAGAAGCUGCAGCUAGAUUACCUCGAUCUCUAUCUUAUUCACUUCCCAGUAGCUACUAGGCAUACAGGAGUUGGCACAACUUCUAGCGCCCUCAGUGAUGAUGGCGUGCUAGACAUUGAUACCACUAUCUCACUGGAAACAACAUGGCAUGCAAUGGAAGAACUUGUUUCCAUGGGACUGGUGCGCAGCAUUGGAAUCAGCAACUACGACAUCUUCCUCACUAGAGACUGCUUGGCCUACGCCAAGAUAAAGCCUGCAGUAAACCAAAUCGAGGUGCACCCCUACUUCCAGCGCGAUUCUCUCGUCAAGUUCUGCCAGAAGCAUGGGAUCUGUGUGACCGCGCAUACCCCCUUGGGUGGCUCCACUGCCAACACCGAGUGGUUCGGGUCGGUCUCGUGCCUCGACGACCCUGUCAUCAAGCGGGACACGGUGGUGAUCCCCAAGACCUCCAAGGUGGAGAGGCUGCAGGAGAACUUUGAGGUCUUCGAUUUCGACAUCUCCGGCGAGGACAUGGAGAAGAUGAAGUCCGUCGACAGGAACCACCGGACUAACCAGCCUGCCAAAUUCUGGGGCAUCGUCCUGUUUGCUUAG